CUUUGUUACCUUUAUUACAUGAACGUCUCUGUCACCAUGAACGUCCCACCAAACCCCAUUCGAAAAUCCGGUAGUUCAAUAAAUUAUUGCUUGAUAGUCUAAAUGGGAAAAAAGGAAUGAAUAGUCAAAUAUUUGCAUUCACCAGCCAAAUGACAAAAAUCUGAGGACGGGUACGGCCCUUUGUAUUCCCCCAAAUGUUGCUUAAAUUCCUUUAAGGUUUAUUAUUUGGAAUGUAAAAUCAUGAAAAGCAACUAGUAACUGUCUACUUCUAGUCUUUGAUGUAACUAUCAAACUGAGAGGUUAUUCCCCUCGGAUCUCCAGCUCAGGACAAACCCAUUAGAACAUGGAGGACGACUUUCGGCCGCAGGUGAAGGAGGUGGCUGUGGCCAUGGGUGCUUCACUCACAGAGCAGGACAUCGACCGCAUGCCAAGGGAGAUGACAACGCAGGGAAACUUCAACUACAGCAGGUUUCUCGAGUACAUGAGGCAGUUCAAGACUUCAGAGCAAAGAGAAGAAGCCAUUACAAAGGCCUUCAUGAUGCUGGACAAAGAUGGCAGCGGCUAUAUAGAGUGGAAUGAGAUCAAGUACAUUCUGUCAACUGUACCAACUGCAGCCCCAUCAGCUCCUCUCUCUGAUGCGGAGGCGGAGGCCAUGAUCCAGGCAGUUGACACCGAUGGAGAUGGACGCAUCAACUACAGAGAAUUUUCAGACAUGGUGAAGAUGGAGAAGAAACCGAGGAAGUAGAGGUCACGUGGUUUAUCUGUGCUCCAGAUUGUUCCUACAAAGAGACUGUGAAAGAUAGGAGAAGAUGACAAAGAGGUCCAGAUCUACCUUCCCUAAAGAUGAUCUCCAUGAUCUCCUGUGGAUCAUGAAAUAGGGGAGUGCAAGGACUGUUAUCAGUACAGUUUCUUAAAUUAAUUAAAAAAGAACAAAACGUGAUUUG